AUGACGGAGGGUCGCAGAUGCCAAGUGCACCUCCUUGAUGACAGGAAGCUGGAGCUCCUCGUUCAGCCAAAGCUUUUGGCCAAGGAGUUGCUUGACUUGGUGGCAUCUCAUUUCAACCUGAAGGAGAAGGAGUACUUUGGAAUUGCAUUCACAGAUGAAACGGGACACUUGAACUGGCUUCAGCUGGACCGCCGGGUGCUGGAACAUGACUUCCCCAAAAAGUCAGGACCGGUUGUUUUGUACUUUUGUGUCAGGUUCUACAUUGAAAGCAUCUCCUAUCUAAAGGACAACGCCACCAUCGAGUUGUUUUUCUUGAAUGCCAAGUCCUGCAUCUACAAGGAACUCAUUGAGGUUGACAGUGAAGUGGUGUUUGAACUGGCUGCAUACAUCUUGCAGGAAGCAAAGGGAGAUUUUUCAAGCAAUGAAGUUGUAAGGAAUGAAUUAAAGAAGCUGCCAGCCCUUCCAACACCAGCGCUGAAGGAGCAUCCUUCCCUCGCUUACUGUGAGGAUCGAGUCAUUGAACAUUACAAGAAACUAAAUGGUCAGACAAGAGGUCAAGCAAUUGUGAAUUACAUGAGCAUUGUAGAAUCCCUCCCAACAUACGGAGUACAUUAUUACGCAGUAAAGGACAAGCAGGGAAUUCCUUGGUGGUUAGGACUUAGCUACAAGGGGAUUUUUCAAUAUGACUACCAUGACAAAGUGAAACCAAGAAAGAUCUUCCAAUGGAGGCAGCUGGAGAACCUCUAUUUCCGCGAGAAGAAGUUCUCGGUGGAGGUGCACGACCCGCGCAGGGCAUCUGUGACCAGGAGGACUUUUGGGCAUAGUGGCAUCGCUGUGCAUACGUGGUACGCCUGUCCAGCACUAAUAAAGUCUAUCUGGGCUAUGGCCAUUAGUCAACAUCAGUUCUACCUGGACAGAAAGCAAAGCAAGUCCAAGAUUCAUGCUGCAAGAAGCCUGAGUGAGAUUGCGAUUGACCUGACCGAAACUGGAACGCUCAAGACCUCAAAGCUGGCCAACAUGGGGAGUAAAGGCAAAAUUAUCAGCGGCAGCAGCGGGAGUCUUCUGUCAUCAGGUUCCCAAGAGUCAGAUAGUUCUCAGUCUGCCAAGAAAGACAUGCUGGCUGCACUGAAAUCCAGGCAAGAAGCUUUGGAAGAGACACUGCGCCAACGCUUGGAAGAGCUAAAGAAACUGUGUCUCCGAGAAGCGGAGCUCACAGGAAAGCUGCCACGAGAAUACCCCCUAGAUCCUGGGGAGGAGCCGCCUAUUGUAAGGAGAAGAAUAGGAACUGCCUUUAAACUGGAUGAGCAGAAAAUCCUGCCUAAGGGAGAGGAGGCAGAGCUGGAGCGCCUGGAGAGGGAGUUUGCCAUUCAGUCCCAGAUCACGGAGGCUGCCCGGCGCCUGGCGAGCGACCCGAACGUCAGCAAAAAGCUGAAGAAACAGAGGAAGACAUCCUACCUGAACGCCCUGAAGAAACUGCAGGAGAUCGAAAACGCCAUCAAUGAGUAUCGCAUCAAAUCUGGAAAGAAGCCAACCCAGAGAGCCUCCCUGAUCAUAGAGGAAGGAAACAUUGCCAGUGAAGACAGCUCCCUCUCGGAUGCCCUUGUUCUCGAGGAUGAGGAUUCUCAGGUCACCAGCACAAUAUCCCCUCUCCAGUCCCCACACAAAGGACUCCCUCCCCGGCCACCCUUGCACAACAGGCCUCCUCCUCCACAGUCACUGGAAGGGCUCCGCCAAAUGCAUUACCACCGCAAUGACUAUGACAAGUCCCCCAUCAAACCCAAGAUGUGGAGCGAGUCAUCCUUGGACGAACCUUAUGAGAAGGUCAAGAAACGCUCCUCACACAGUCAUUCCAGCAGUCACAAGCGGUUCCCCAGCACCGGGAGCUGUGCUGAGGCGGGAGGGAGCAGCUCGCUGCAGAACAGCCCCAUCCGGAGCCUUCCCCACUGGAACUCCCAGUCCAGCAUGCCGUCAACGCCGGAUCUACGGGUACGCAGUCCGCACUACGUCCACUCCACACGGUCAGUAGACAUCAGCCCGACCAGACUGCACAGCUUAGCUCAGCACUUUAGACACCGGAGCUCCAGCCUGGAGUCGCAAGGCAAGCUCCUCGGCUCAGAAAAUGAGACAGGGAGCCCCGAUUUCUACACCCCAAGGACUCGUAGCAGUAACGGCUCUGACCCCAUGGACGACUGCUCUUCCUGCACCAGCCAUUCCAGCUCUGAGCACUACUACCCGGCUCAGAUGAACCCCAACUACUCCACCCUAGCAGAGGAUUCUCCGUCGAAAGCCAGAGAGCGGCAGAGGCAAAGGCACAAAUCAGCGGGCAACCUGGUCUCUUCCAAUUCAGGGAGUAUGCCCAACCUGGCUGCGAGGAACGGGACGGGGCACCACCGCGUCUACCUGCACAGCCAGAGCCAACCCUCCUCCCAGUACAGGAUCAAAGAGUAUCCCCUGUACAUCGAGGGCAGCUCCACACCCGUGGUGGUGCGGAGCCUGGAGAACGACCAGGAGGGACACUACAGCGUGAAAGCACAAUUCAAAACCUCCAACUCCUACACAGCGGGGGGGAUGUUUAAGGAGAACUGGCACGGGGAUGAAGUGGACUCUGUCAGGCUCACCCCCUCCCGCUCCCAAAUCAUAAGGACUCCAUCUCUGGGCAGGGAGGGCCACGAGAAAGGCUCGGGUAGGACUGCCGUGUCGGACGAGCUGCGGCUCUGGUACCAGCGGUCCACGGCCUCCCACAAGGAGCACAGCCGCCUCUCGCACACGAGCUCCACUUCCUCGGACAGCAGCUCCCAGUACAGCACAUCUUCGCAAAGCACCUUUGUGGCGCACAGCCGGGUCACGAGAAUGCCUCAGAUGUGUAAAGCAACAUCAGCUGCCUUACCUCACAGCCAGAGGAGUUCAACGCCAUCGAGUGAACUAGCAGCCACGCCGCCGGGCAGUCCUCACCACAUUCUCGCAUGGCAGACUGGAGAAGCAACAGACAACUCACCCACUAUGGAUGAGUCUCAGUCUCCAACCCACCAAAGUACUGAUGAAUAGAGGAGCUACAACGAUAGCUGUUUCCUGGAUUCUCCCCUCUAUCCAGAAUUAGCAGAUGUCCAGUGGUAUGGGCAGGAAAAAGCCAAGCCUGGGACUCUAGUGUGAACCCCUGACCUCAAGUUAAUCACAUCAAUGCCAUUCGGAGAUCACCUCACUGCCUCUCAUUUGCCUUACCCAGACGCACUGUCACCCAGCACCAGCUUCAACUCUAAGCACUUUUCUCCCAAUGCAAUUCGAGACGACAUUUACAGAACACUGGCCCCGAGGCAUCCACCACGACAGCAACAGCGAUGGACCGCAGCACAUCCCUGUGCCAGACUGGUGCACGUCCCUCCCGCGGCCCCCAGGGCGGCGGGUGCAGAUGAGCAGCCAUCUUAAUAGUCAGCAAUUUAAAAAUUGAUUUUCCUUUGAAAGGAUGGAAGCCUUUCAAGGCUUACAUCAAACCUUAUUGUUCUGCGGCAUGUAACGGCAGUAAGAUUUCCAUGACCUGCGAUCUGAAGCCAACAGAGCGUUUGUUU